CAUUCACUAUUUACGGCAACAUAUAAACAGACACAAACCUCGAUUCUAUGAUACCAAAGCUUGAAAGAUCUCCAAAAAUCACAAGCAAGCCCAAUAACUCGUUCAGUAAGUGCUGAACAGCGUCAGAAUGAUUCAGGCCGCCAAAAUCAUCGAGCAACGUAGCCACCUCGUGCCUGGCAAGCUCAGAGUAACAGAGCACUUUUUCCAAGUGCCCCGAGACUACUCCAACCCAUCUCUUGGCACAAUCCAACUCUUCGCACGCUCGGCCCGGAAGCUCUCCAAGCCCGCAGACUACUCCACCCCAGAAGACCCCAUAAAGUCGCAGCUUCCAUGGCUCCUCUACCUCCAAGGCGGACCAGGCUUUGAAUGCGCACCACCUCAAGACAGCAAAUGGUCGUCGUUCCUCCUAGACAAAGGCUACCAGAUUCUUUCCAUGGACCAGCGUGGCACCGGCCUUUCAACUGCCAUCUCCCAAUCAUCCCUUCAAUUGCGUGGUGAUGAGAAAGUCCAGGCCGAGUACAUGAAGCACUUCCGCGCAGACAACAUCGUCCGAGACGCAGAGGCUAUCCGCAAAGCCCUCACCGCGGACUACCCUAAGGAGAAGAAAAAGUGGAGCAUCAUCGGCCAGAGUUUCGGCGGAUUCUGCUCUGUCACAUAUCUAUCGUUGUACCCAGAGGGGCUGAAGGAGGCGUUUGUGUUCGGAGGGCUGCCGCCGCUGUCGGGCGGACCGGACCAGGUUUAUGAUAGGUUGUAUCCGCGACUCGAGAAGCGGAACCAGCAGUACUACGCCAAGUACCCAGAAGAUGUAGAAAGGGUGCGCCGCAUCGUCAAGCUUCUGAGCCGCUUCGGCGACGAGACGGUGCGCGUGCAGGGCGGCGAGGGCCACCUGAGCGCGGCGCGGUUUCUCCAGCUGGGCAUCGGUUUCGGCGCCCACAGCGGCUUCGACAGCGUGCACGCGCUCGUCCUCCGCGCAGACAACGACCUCACCCUCUUCGGGCACCUCACGCGCCCGACCGUCCUGCACAUCGAGCGCGCGCAGUUUUGGGACACCAAUGUCAUCUACGCGCUGCUCCACGAGGCGUGCUACUCCCCGGCCAGCACGUCCAAUUGGUCCGCGCACCGCCUGCUGGAGAAGUACCCCGCGUUCCACCACGAGAGCACCGCGGCUGACCCUACCAAGCCCGUCUUCUUCACCGGCGAGAUGAUCUACCCCUUCAUGUUCGACACGUACCCGGAGCUCAAGAAGCUCAAGACGGUGGGCGAGCUGCUGGCGCAGGAGGCGUGGGGCCCGCUGUAUGACGUCGAGCAGCUCAAGAAGAAUGAAGUGCCUGUGUACGCGGCAACGUACUUUGACGACAUGUAUGUCGACUUUGAGCUGAGCACGGAAACAGCGAGGACGAUCAAGGGAUGCAAGACGUAUGUCACCAACGCGAUGUAUCACAAUGCCGUGUCUGCGAAGGCAGAGGAGGUGCUAAAGGCGAUUUUCGAGCUGAGGGACGAUGUGAUUGACUAAGUGGACAUGGUAUGAUAUGAUAUGGUAUGCUGGGGUGCGUCUAUGCGCCUGUGUGUGUCUUGUGGUAUAUAUCCCUUGCCUUGGCGAGCUCCGCGUCCAAGUCGAUGU